CUUAAUUCAGCCCCACCGGCGCGACUGCUAAAAGGUAAUAGAUAAUAAUAUAUAAUAGUCAGCUAGAGUUCCGAUUGGAUGAGAGCGACAUCGGAGAUCAGAGCGAAAGUAGCUUAAGCUACAAACAAGGCUUUUAUAGUAGAUUUCAUCUUAUAUUUUUGUUGCACAUAUUUAUAUUUGAGACACUCGGUUAUUUUCCAAGUCGAUUCUGAGUCACCACCAGUAUGGACACCAUAUUGGACAAUUUCGCCUCGGACAAACUUUUCCCCAAUUCCAACCUGUUGGACCUGGAGGACCUCAACGAGACCGAUUUCCUCACCAAUGUGCACUUCUCUGAGCAGAUGGAGGACUUCUCCAACGAGCUCUUCAGCAGUUUCUUUGAUGAUCACCUGCUGGCUGAGCGUCCGGCGCUUCUGGACGUGGAGCUGGAGCCCCCGAACCCCGACAUCCAGCAGGAGCACAGCUACUCACUCAGCGGCGACUCCGCCCCGCAGAGCCCCUCCAUGCCUAUCAAAUCAGACGAGGACGCCGAGGGCAUGUGGGACUUCACCCAGGACCUGACUGCCAUCCUUGUGAAGCGAGAGCCCAACCUCCUGGCCGAGGCCUCUCCUGUCACUACGCCAACUCUGCUCAGCUCCAGCAGUGCUGCUCAGCCACUUAACCUGGCCCCGCCUCCACAGAGACGCCACACUCAUGACAAGGGGGUCCGAGAACAGAACUCCAGCUUAAUACCGACUAUAAAAGCUGAACCCAGAGAGGCUGACCAGUUCCUCAGCGUGCCCACAGAGGAGCACUUACAGCUCCCACCCACUCCUCCCAGCAGUCACAGCAGUGACAGUGAUGGAUCGCAGAGUCCUCAUUCGCUGCCUCCAUCCAGUCCUGCUCGCCUGCAGAGUCCUCAUUCGUUGCCUCCAUCCAGUCCUGCUCGCCUGCAGAGUCCUCAUUCGCUGCCACCUCUUAGCCCCGCCCGCAUUCAGGCUCGCUCGUCUGUAGCCAUCUCCUCUUCUCCUCUGCUGACCGCUCCUCAUAAGCUGCAGGGCACGUCAGGCCCCCUACUGUUGACAGAGGAGGAAAAGCGCACGCUGAUGGCUGAGGGCUACCCUGUCCCCAACAAACUGCCCCUCACCAAGACAGAGGAGAAAGCCCUCAAACGAGUGCGCAGGAAGAUCAAGAACAAGAUUUCUGCCCAGGAAAGCCGCCGCAAGAAGAAGGAGUAUGUGGAGUGUCUGGAGAAAAAGGUGGAAAACUACACCUCAGAGAACAAUGAAUUGUGGAAAAAGGUGGAGACACUCGAAAGUGCCAACAGGUCUUUGCUGCAGCAGCUACAGAAGCUUCAGUCACUAGUUAGUGGGAAAGUACCUCGCAACUGCAAGAUGGCUUCCACACAGACCGGUACCUGCCUCAUGGUGGUGGCGCUGUGUUUUGUGCUGGUUUUGGGCUCUCUGGCUCCCUGCCUUCCUGAGCUCUCCCUGUACUCUUCCUCCUCACCAUCCUCACCCUCACACACGGUGAAGUCCACCCCACUUCCCGCGGCUGACCUCUACGUCACCAGCCAGGUCCGUUCCCGCAGUCUGCUCUUCUAUGAAGAGGGCACCCCGCUGGAGACCAGCCACAGGAGCGUGCUGAGUGUGGAGAAGGAGGAGGGGCCAGCACACAGAUACACACAGGACCUAAGAGAGACCCACGAGCAGGGUCACACUACCCCCCUCAGAGGAUACCUGAACCCUACCCAGACUGACAACACCAGUGCUGGCUCCCUCCUCCACCAGAAACAACACUACCACACACGAGAACGCGAUCCUGAAGGAGCAUCUGAAUUAUUCUAACCCUUCUGAGCGGAGCUGCCUACAUCACACAGGCCUCCGCUGACCUUUGACCCCUGGCCAUGUGACCAGUGGUGCCCCUUAGUGUUACCACUCUUCUCCUCUGAAAUCUUCACAUAAUCACACUCUUCACAUCUCUACCACACCCUCUGAUGGAGGAUGGACACACAGAAAAGACACAAGAAAGAAGAGGCAGGAGAAAAACCCAUGACAUAUUAGUGGUUGUUGGUGAAUGAAUAAGUCAAUAAAAGUGAGUGAGUGGAUAAGUGAAUGAAUGGUUGGGUGAGCGAGUCAAUGGUUGGGUGGGUG